AUGUCAGCUAUAGCGUCGGCAACAGUUAAGCCAAAGAAACAAUCAUUUCAUGCAACAAAUGUGUGGAAUGAACUUGUUGAAGGUUUUCGUUCAAAAAUUGAACUAAGAAAAUAUCGUCGAAAUUAUUUUACACAAUCAUAUGAACAAUGUUUUUCAUCAAUAGAUGCAAUUAAUUGUAUGAUCAAUGUUCUUAAAUCACAUCCGAAUUUCGAAACAAAACAAAUCGAAAAACAUCAUGCAAUUCGUUUAUUAGAAAAAUUCUAUGAAUCGAAAGUUUUUUCCGAUGUAAUUAAAAAUGAACGAAGAAAAACAUUUGUUACUGAAAAUGGAAUUUAUCAACUCUUAUCAAAAGCAGAUGAAAAUAUUUUUCAAUCAGUGGUUAAUACAAAUAAACCAACAGAUCAUCCAGUUCAUCCACAACAAGAAUCAUCAACAUCUGCAAUGAGCGAUAGUUGGAAACAAUAUUUUAUUGAACGACUUGAGAAAUAUUUGUUGAAAACACGAAAUCGUCACGGUGGUUAUCUUCUUCAUCAAAUUGAACAAGAAAUGAAAAUAGUAGAUGGUUCUCAAAUGCUGUCGAAUUUACAUAAUAAUAUGCCGUCGGAUCCAUUGACUAUUGCAGGUCAACUUGUUGAUUGGCUACCCGAGUCUAUGUCUAUAGUUAUGGAUUAUCCACAUAGUCUUGAAGGUCGUAAUUUGCCUGAUUAUCCAUCAUUUAUUUUUGAUUUGUUUGACAUGGUUGUCGAUACAUUUGAUAUGCAACGAGAAUAUUUAACUUCAUCAAUGGGAGUUUUCAAUUCAAUUAUUCAACUUAUUGUCAAUAAAGGUAAUCCAGUAUCAUUGGAAUCGUUAUAUGAUUGUGAUGAUAGUCGACCCGUGUAUUGUUUUUCAAGUGAAAUAUAUGCAAGUCGACCAUCAAAUAAUCCAUAUACAAGUUUAAAAAGUCGUUCAUCUCAUGCAAGACAAACACCACGUGUACAUCGUGUUGAUUCAUAUGAAUACAAAAAAGUCUCAUCACAGGAUGAUGAAAAAACAUCUGGUCUAACAAAUCUACGUCGAAAAUCAAUAAGUUCAUGUGAUCUUUUUCAUGUAACAUCAAAAACAUUGACGUCACCGUUUGAUGAAAUACAGAAUUGGCUUAAUAGUAAACAUGCAUCAGCAAAUAGUCAAGACAAGAUUAGUAACGAUGAAGUUGAACUUAUCCAACUUGCACUGGUUCAUCUUGCCUCAUCGAACAGACAAUUUCUAUAUGUUAUCCUACAUUUUCUAGCACAAUGUAUACGAAAUAAUCAAUUCUGUUCAAAUGAUACAACAAAAUUACGAAUCUAUCGUGCUUUUUUGAAAUUAAUUACUAUUAAUCAAGAGGAAAAAACUUGUUUGACGCAUAUUUUCGAUUGCUUUAUUGAACAUCAUGGAAAAUUAUUUGAUAUUUCAAUGGAUACAAGAAAAAUUAUUGCUAGACGAUUAACAAAAUCAAAAAAAGAGAAUAAAUAUGCCGCAUUACCAUCAUCAAUGGCACCAAAUAAAAAGUUUUCCGAUGAUCGUCCACUACGUCCAUCAUUUAAACAACUUCGAAUAUCGCGACCAUUGACAUACAAUGAACACCUCGAUACUGAUCCACAUCCAAUGGCAUCAGCAACAUUUGUCCGUAAACCAACUUUACCAUCGCCAACAAAGAAAUCUCAAGAAAGAAUAUCUUCACCAACAGCGAUGAAUUCGCCACGACGUCGUGCUAGAAGCUUUGAACCACGUGCACAUACAACAACACUCUUUGAUAAAACCAUUAAUCCGUUUCAUAAAUUACGUGUUAUACUGAAACGAAACGAAUAG